UCAGUGGGCGGGGUCAUAACGGUGGAGCCAGAGCGUCUCAGCAGCCAUUGAUGCGCUUUAUUUCCAGCAGGACAAAAGCACAGACGUUGGCCCAUAUCUGCGGUUCCGUGGACCGACGCGAUGGUGUCUCACUCGCUGGCGCUGCCGAUGAUCUGCUUCACCACGUUAUGGGCCUUGGUGGGAGUCGUGGCCCCGUUCCUGGUGCCCAAAGGACCGAACCGAGGUGUGAUCGUCACCAGUCUCAUCCUCACAGCCAUCUGCUGCUACCUGUUUUGGUUAAUAGCCAUUCUGGCCCAGACCAACCCUCUGUUUGGGCCUCAGCUGAAAAACGAGACGAUAUGGUAUCUGCGCUACUUCUGGGAGUAAAUGAGGACGGCGCUGCGUCUCCUCCCUGGACGUCACGCCUCACUUCUACUCAUCGCAGGCAUCACUUAGUUUAACGGCGUAUUUCAUGUGUUUGUGUUCGUCACGGCCAGUUUCUUUAUCUGCAUUUUCAAACGAAGAGUUUGUUCCUGUGAGUUUUACAAACACGUAGUUUGUGUUUAUGACUCGCGUCUGAUUUUCAUGUCUGUUACUAAUGAGAACAAUUAGCAGCGAAGCCACGAAAGCAUCUGCUCAGAGUAAAUGUUAAUCUUCCUCCUCUUGAAUGUGUGAUCUGUAAACCCUUCAGUUUCUCUGUGUUGUGUGAACGGGACUUUCUAAGUGUUUGUGUUUCUUCCCGUGGACGCUGAUGUGAGCUCGUUGUAAUCACCUCAGGGUCCAGACGGCCUCGUUGUGUAACCGUUGUGAUCUGUGAUGUAACGUGAGCGUGUGGACUUUCAUCACAGUGAGAAUCUCCCGAACCUGUAGAAGUGGAGAGGUUCCCUCCACUUCAGGGCCACUCCAGCAUCAAACCGCCUCCCGCCUUCCCCGCGGAGGUCCCCGUUGCCAUGGCGACCUCAGGCCCCCUCCACUCGACCCUCUUGGAGGAGCCCUUUCUCGCCUGCUCGUGUGCACACGUCCUGUAGUGUAGUGUUUGUGGAGCCGGGAGCUCAUGGCUUUGGUUCAUAGCCUUCAUUUUCAUUCCUCCCUCUGAAGAACAAUAACGUCACCAAACUCCUCAUGCAGACUUUGCCUAAUUAUUUCUUCGGGGGUUUGCAGCUGUGACAAUUAACAACUUCUUGGUAGCAGGGAAAAUGCUGCUUUUAAACAAAAUGAAAAAGUGUAUCAAAAGUGUAUUGUAUGAACAAAAGUUAUAUAACUCGUCUUCCAGAGAGUUUCACAAACCCCACCGUAGAUGAGCUGAUCAUCACCGUAGAUCAGCUGAUCAUCACCGUAGAUGAGCUGAUCGUCACUGUAGAUCAGCUGAUCAUCACCGUAGAUCAGCUGAUCGUCCCCUCCGUCCCUUUUUUAAAUAUUGGCCUUGAAAACGAUGCCAGACACCAGCACAGCUACUCGUACCUCUGACACUCACUCCCCCCUCCUCCCUCUCUCUGAAAACACUUUGCUUCAGCCAAAAAGAAUCAAAAUCAAUAUACAGCUACUUUUUAGAAAGACCAAAUUGUGUUGUAUCUUUCCCUCCAGCCCCGGUCGGGAGCUGUGCUGGUGGCAGGCGUCUGAAUGAAUUUGAGGUUUGGGUCAGUUUCAUCCCCAGUUCAACUCAUUAAACCGACUCCCAGCUAGCAAACAGUGUCAGUGAAUCAUCAGACAGCGAAUGGCCUCUUCUCACUCCAACAAACCCAGAGAAGCAGCGAACACUCCAGACUGGAGUCCCGCUGAGUGUGAGGGCGACGGAGCUCGUCUCCUCUCAUUCCAGCGAAUCUGUGGGCUUCUCAGAACUGGCUGCUAAUUAUCUGUUAAAUAUUCCUGGUAAGAUUGAUGAACAUGGAGAUGGAUUUAUUUUAAUGUGUUAAGAGUCACCAUGGUAACAAUCAUCUGCUAAGUCACAGAUUUGAUCCUGUUUGUGAGCUUGUGUUAGUGAAUGAUUUCAUGUGAAACCCCAAUAAAACAUAAAUGUAUGUUUC